AUGUGUUUCAUUCGAGGGAGACUCAGACAUCCUCAAAGUCAAGGCUGUACUGAACGCAUCAAUGGUGUUUUAAGUAUUGCAUUGGUGGUUUAUGGAAUCAAUACAAGAGCAUCAUUAACGACAAAAACAACGCCAUAUGAAAUAAUGUUUGGUCAACGCCCACGAUCGGAUUCCGAUUUUUGGAAAAUUGUAAAAGAAUGUGAUAUAAUGGAUGAAGAACAGUUACCAACCCCAAUCGAACUCGCUGAUGUUGUUGUUGAUGAAAUUGUUGAAAAACCAACUAUAAAUGAAACUGUGACUGACGAUUUUGAUAAACAAAGAGAAAAUGAUAAUUUAACUAUAGAUAAUUUCAUUCCUG